GCUCCCUUCCCUCUCUUUCUGUAUAGUAACUAGUUUGUUGCUAUUAUGCUAACAGUAUUUCCCAAGAUCUCACAGUCACAGCUAUAUGGGUCUCGGCCAGCCUGUAGGUGAAAACUACGCCAAUCCAAACACUUGCUUCUUUCAUGUUCUCUUCAAGGCUGCAGCUUUGGCAUUUUACGUUCUCUCCGCCCUCUUUAUUGAUAACUUUGUCAUCAUUUUUGUGGUGACUGUCCUUCUUGCUGCUCUUGACUUUUGGGUAGUCAAGAAUGUGAGUGGGAGAAUUUUAGUUGGUUUGAGGUGGUGGAAUGAAAUAAAUGAUCUGGAUGAGAGUGUUUGGAAAUUUGAAUGUCUUGAUCAAGAGUCAUUGGCCCGGUUGAACAAGAAAGAUUCAUGGCUUUUCUGGUGGACGCUCUACCUUACAGCAAUUGCAUGGAUUCUGCUGACAAUAUUCUCGCUCAUAAGGCUUCAAGCUGAUUACCUCCUUGUUGUAGGAAUUUGUUUGACCCUCAGUAUUGCAAAUAUUGUUGGUUUUACCAAAUGCCAAAAAGAUGCUAAGAAGCAGAUUCAACAAUUUGCCACUUGGACAAUUGCCUCGCGGUUCUCUUCUACCUUACAGUCAGCAUUCAGUGUUGUCUGAGUUGUUCACUAUCAAACAUGUAAAUGAAA